AUGAAAAACGAGAAUUUGUUGAGUUCGCUGGCCAUGAUGGGCUCUUCUGAUCGGAGUCUCUCAUCGUCAUCAUCAUUGGACAGUACCACAUCCAAUCAACAUGAAUUCUGGUUUACAUUUUCAUCCACAUCCGACGUUAUUUAUCCAAAUGCAUUUAGUCCGGAAAUGUAUAAUUUAUUUAUAAUGAUUGUUUACAUGUUCUUGUUGUAUUGGGUUUAUAGGUUGCUCAAAACAACUCUUUCCAAUUCGUAUCUGUUGUAUGUGAUUCGUUCAGGAGCAUUUAAUAUUGUGAAUAUUGCUAAUUUUGAGAACAUUGAAAACAUGUGGGGAGAAGGAAAUAUUCGUUCCUAUGUUCAAGCAUUAUUUAGUGGAUCCAUUGCUUCUCCGGUACAUCCUGUAAAGAGAGUGAAUGGAACAGUGCACCUGAAGAAAAAUACUUUUGCAUGUUUUUCUAAAGAGGAAAAUGGCAAGAAACUCCACGGUGUUAAAUUUCAGUUGGAUGCUCUUGUCAAGUCGAGUGUUCAGUUGUUCUGGGGAGUUUCAGAAUUGGCUUUCAAGAAGAAAAUUUUACAACCUUUCAAAGAUAAUUUCGAAAAGCUUGUGAAAAAUCAAAACACAGAAAAGGCUGAAGCUUUACAUGAAGGAACCUCUGUCGAGGAACAUCAUAAUGAAGACGAGGAAAAUAUCAUGACAAGAGGGUUACUAGACGUUGAAGAACACCAAUUAGAGGAUAUUACAACUAAUUCUGAGGAGACAAUUGAUAUGAACGGAUUACUCACCUAUGAUGAGUACGUUGAAAAAAGCGAUCUUGUAUUUAUUGAAAAAGCUUUAGGACAAACAUUUGAGAUGCCAUCGGAUGACAUGUUUGAAUCCAAUGUCUCAGACAAUUAUUUCACAUCGGUGGUAGUGAGACAACCUCCUACUGCAAACAAUGACACUCAAGAAAAUCCAGAACAGCAACAAGAACAAGCAAACCCGGAAAUUACAAACACAGAAGAAGAGAGAAUUGGAAAUCAGCUCACUCAAGAUCUGUUGGCUGACGAAGAUGAAAGAAUUUCCUCAGAUUCAAAGCUUCCACUCGUAAUUGUGAUCAAGCCAACGUUACAAGCUCUAGACAGCCUAAAACGAUAUGACGAUGAAAAUAUAGAGACAGAUUAUGACAGAGAACUGUAUUGUUUGUAUGUCAUUUGUAAUUUUAAUAGAUACGAGAAUGCAGAAGAAGGUGUAUAUUACCGAGGAAAUGUUGUAAAGAUUUUCGCUCAGACUGAAUCUGAAUUAUUUGAAUUAGAAGAGGUCUAUGGAGCAGAUGAGAAUGACGAAAACGAAGUCGAAGAAUGUAUUGUGUGCUUUUCUGAACCAAGAGAAGUUAUUCUGCUGCCCUGCAAGCACAAGUGUGUCUGUCAUGAAUGCUUUAGUAGGAUUGACAAGUGUCCUAUUUGUAGAUGCAAUGUGCGAAGCUACAUUUCUGAGAAUACAUCAACAGAAUCAACUCAACCCGCUACAACAAACAAUGAGAGCGUGUAA